AUGAGCCUCAAGCUAACACCUUUUCGGGCUCUCUACGGCUAUUCUCCACCACAAUUCGGACUACACGCUGCUGGGACAAUUCAAAAUCCUUUAGUCGACGAUUAUUUACAUCAUCGAACCAUUAUGACAUAUGUCCUGCGCCAGAGUCUUCUUACUGCUCAACAUCGAAUGAAACAACAAGCUGACAAAGGCAGAAUUGAGAGAUCCUUCAUAGUUCGCGAUUGGGUAUAUUUACGUCUCCAACCCUAUAGGCAUACAUCAGUUCAGCUGCGCAAAAAUCUUAAACUGGCAGCCAAAUUCUUUGGUCCUUACAAGGUAUUAGAACGAGUUGGUAAUGUUGCUUAUCGGCUUGAAUUACCUAUUUCUUCUCGGAUUCAUCCAGUUUUACACGUCUCACAAUUGAAGAAGAAAAUCAGACAAGGAUUUCUUCCACAAACAGUACUUCCCACCUUGGACAAGGAAGGAUUGUUCAAAGUCGGGCAUGUUAAGGUUUUAAGUACUCGAGUUCUUAUUAAGGGCCGCCAACAGAUUCCACAAGUGCAGGUCCAAUGGUCUCACACUGCUGAAGGGGAUGCUACUUGGGAAGACACAGCUUUCAUCAGAUCUUCUUUCCCUAAAUUCAUCCUUGAGGACAAGGAUGUGCUGUAG